UGGCAUCGACUUUUUGGGGCCCAAACUCAAAAUCAGCACAACGCACCACUAAUCAGGCGGGCAACAAGACAAGUGAUCAACCGGCAACCAACCAUCCUUACGGCUCUCUCUAUAAAUGCCUGUAACAUCGGAAAAAUGGAGAUCAAAUCUGAUGAGGGGAAAGAAAAGCAGCAAAUCCCACUCCUCACACCGUUCAAAAUGGGAAAGUUUGAGCUUUCUCACAGAAUUGUUCUGGCACCAUUGACUAGGCAGAGAUCCUAUGGCAAUGUGCCUCAGCCACACGCUGUAUUGUAUUACAGUCAAAGAGCAUCAAAAGGUGGUUUCAUGUUGAGUGAAGCCACUGGAGUUUCUGAUACUGCACAAGGGUACCCAAACACUCCAGGCAUAUGGACCAAGGAACAAGUUGAGGCAUGGAAGCCCAUUGUGGAUGCAGUUCAUGCUAAAGGUGCAGUUUUCUUUUGUCAGAUUUGGCAUGUUGGUAGGGUCUCAAACACAGAGUUUCAGCCAAAUGGACAGAGCCCAAUAUCAUCCACAGAUAAAGGACUAACUGCACAAAUUCGAGCCAAUGGCAUUGACGUUGCCCAGUAUUCCCCUCCAAGACGGCUAAGAACCGACGAGAUCCCACAAAUCGUCAAUGAUUUCAGACUCGCCGCAAGAAAUGCUAUCGAAGCUGGCUUUGAUGGGGUCGAGAUCCAUGGGGCCCACGGCUACCUAAUCGACCAGUUUUUCAAAGACCAAGUCAAUGACCGUACGGACCAAUACGGAGGAUCCCUCGAGAACCGGUGUCGAUUCGCACUCGAAAUAGCUGAGGCCGUGUCAGACGAGAUCGGAGCCGAACGAGUCGGGAUUAGGCUUUCCCCCUUCACCAACUUCAUGGAGUGUAGCGACUUGAACCCCAAUGCUCUCGGGCUUUACAUAGCUCGGGCCCUAAAUAGUUAUGGGCUCCUUUACUGCCACAUGGUCGAGCCCAGAAUGAAAACGGCCGUGGAUAAAGAAGAGAGCCCCCACAGCCUUGCCCCAAUGAGGAAGGCUUUUAAGGGAACUUUUAUUGCAGCCGGAGGUUUUGACCGGGAGGACGGUAAUAAGGCCGUGGCCGAAGAUCGUGCGGAUCUUGUUGCUUAUGGCCGCCUUUUUCUGGCCAAUCCAGAUUUGCCUAAAAGGUUUGAGCUCAAUGCUCCGCUUAAUAGAUAUAAUCGGGCGACAUUUUACACGGCUGACCCGGUUAUCGGGUAUACGGAUUAUCCAUUCCUUGAAGAAAUCGCGUGAUUGAUUGUUUGAGUUUGCGCAGUUAGUUAUGUAUUGUGAUUGAUUGAAUAAGGAAAAAAAACGUACUUUUGAAAUGAAACUAAUGAGAAAUGUGAUGUACAACAUUUGCCACAUUAUUAUUAUUAUUACAUUGUAUAUCUUUCAUUGCUCGAUGGAUUUCGGAACUAAAACGUCGAAAUCACUAACUGUCCAUUCGGCUGUGGCGCCCGGUGGGCCCAUGUACAUCUCCGUACCAACAUUAAUCGAUAACCAUACACGUUUUGCUGGUGGUGUUCCUGGAUCCUGAUAGAAAUACAACCGGCUAGAAAGGGCUCCUGUAUCGAGCUCCCAAGUCCUUGGGCCACUAACCCAUCCAUCCCCUUUUUCCGCAGGGUACCCAUGCACGGCCCACUCGGAAUGGGGCAGGAGCUGGACCAGCUCUUGGGCCUGCGGGUUGCUAAACGGGUCGCAUGUGCCGGUUGGUUUAUCCAGGUACUUUGCAUUCCCUGGAGCACAAUAGUAAUGAUAAGCCGAGUAAGGAAAACGGGCCGUGUCGUUUCUUGAUAUGAUUUCUCCUUUGGUACUGUUAUGAUAAGGCGGGCAAGCGGCGAGAUUGGUGGGCCCACACGAGCUCCCGGUCGAAGGGUUGAUGAUCAUCUCACUGUAUCGG